GUGUUGUUUGUAACCAAGGGCGCUAUUACACGCUACCGAUUACCGACAAUUAUCGGUGUCGUUGCGCAGGAAUAAUAUAUCGCAGAAAAGCUGCGCAGAAACGACACCGGCAAUCGUCGAUAGCUUGUACAGAAGAGCGCUAGAAGAAUUAAAAAAAAUAUAUAGAAUGUAACUGUCUUUAAUUAAAUUAAAGACAGUUAUUUGAAAAAAAAAGAACGAUGGCAAACGAGAUAUCAGCGAGUAUUUUGACACUAAAUUGUUGGAGCAUACCAUAUGUUUCAAAGGAUAGAGCCGCACGUAUAUCCGCUAUCGCAGAUAAGUGUGCGAGCAGAGAAUACGAUAUAAUUUGUUUGCAGGAAGUUUGGUCUAUUCAAGAUUUUAAAGUGAUAAAGACAAAAGUACAGGAAGUUCUUCCUUAUUCGCAUUACUUUCAUAGUGGUGUCGUUGGAUCAGGAGUAUGUAUCUUAUCACGGUAUCCUAUUUACGACGUUAUAUUCCACAAAUGGCCUUUAAAUGGUUACGUGCACAAGAUACAUCAUGGGGAUUGGUUCGGCGGUAAAGGUGUUGGGCUAUGUAAAAUUAAGAUUCUCAAUAUGAAUAUUAAUGUUUACACCGCACAUUUACAUGCUGAAUAUAACCGAGAGAACGAUGAAUACAUGGCUCACAGAGUGCUGCAGGCAUUUGAUACUGCGCAAUUUAUAAGAAUGACCAGUGGUGGCGCGGAUGCUGUGAUAUUAGCUGGUGAUCUCAAUACUGAGCCGCAAGACUUAGCAUAUAGGAUUAUGUGUGGCGUUAGCGGUUUAAUGGACGCGUGCCCGAGCAGUGCGAGUCACAUAGGGACCAAUGAAUGUGCCAAUAACAGUUACACAUGCUCAAAAUUCGCUCAAACGAGACCAGAUGGGAAGCGUAUAGAUCAUAUUUUAUACUUAGGUUCAAAAACCGUUAAGGUUGAAAUUACAAAUUUCCAACAUCCUUUGCCAAAUCGCGUGCCGUAUAAAAAUUUUAGUUAUUCAGAUCAUGAAGCUGUUAUGGCUACACUUAAAUUCACCAAUGAUGAACAUGGCAUAAACAAUUUAGAUGUAACAGAUUCCUUAAAAGAAGCAAUUGAAAUUUGCGAAACCGCGUUGAAAAAUGUACAACGCCAACGUUUCUGGUAUCUGUUGUCAGGUUGUAUACUGAUCAUUCCAUUAAUUUGGUCUCUUGGGCUAAACUGUAUGUUGGACAAAUCUAUAGGUAUCGACAUUGGUUUGAAUAUACUACGUAUAUUUUUGACUGCAAUAUUAUGUUACGCUCUCUUUAUGAGUUCAAUAUGGAAUAAUGUAGAGAAAAAUGCUUUAAAAGCGGGAUGUUUAGCUAUAGAAAUUCACAUAAAACGAUUGAGUGAUCUACAUUGAAGCGCUGAACGUCAAAUCUAUAUAAUACUAAAUAUUUUUAAGAAAGGAUUUAUAAUAUACAGUGAAAAAUUAAAAAUUGAUCGUGCUCAAAAAAAAAUUUUUUUUUAAGUUUUUAUAUAUUCUCUUAACAUGUAGUGGAGAUAUAUACUUAUAACUUAAAAAAAAAAAAUGGUAUUUAUUUUAAGCUUGCAUUUAUAUCCUUUAGCGUAAUACGAUUUUAUUAAAUGAAUAAAACUUGGAUUUACAAUAGAUUGACUUGAACAUUAAAAGCGAGAUGCGAAUACUAAGAUAUAAACUAUAAAACUGCAUCGCCGAUAACCAUGUCUCUUUAAAGUUACAUUUUAUUAACGAAUUGUAGUACUGUGACUAUACUUUAGAUUUGUAUUUAGAAAUAAUUGGUAUUUACUGAUCGACCAAUUGUAUGAACUAUGCAUAUCACGUGAAUCGACGGCAUUUUGGUAAUAUAUAUAUCUAUUGACAUUUUCAUGCGUAUAUGUUUCCAUCAUAAUAUCGAAAAUGAAAUUUAAUUCUUGCAGUUUUUGAAUUCAGCACUCUUUUAUACAUUAUCGCGUUUUGUUGUAUACAAAUCGUGCUUUGCGUUUCUAAUAGAUUUAAAAAAAAAAAAAAAAAAAAAAA